AGCCUCCACCCGAAGCCCCGUUGCUCUCUCGGGCAAGGGUCCACCUCCAUCGCUCGCUCUAUGCGGAGGUCUAGUCUCUCCGGCGAGCUCUACCAGAGGAGAGAGAAGUAACCACGAAAAACCCGAGAACAGAUAGAAACAGGAAAAAAAAAAAAAAAAAAGGUCAAAUGGGUCUGUCCAACUACCCAGGUCCUACCGAAAGCUUGCUCGCAAUGCUGGUAAUGGGCAUUGUCUUCGUAGUGGCUAUCCUGUUCAACACGGCCACGCCUCCGGUUCCUGAAGGCGGCAGAGACUCCAGCCCUUCCGGGGAGAGGAGCAGUGCCUCCUCCGCGGCGGUCCGGGUCAGGCGGCUCGAGCCACGGUGCAGUCAUGACGGCGGCGGCAGGGCAGCGGCGGAGGAGUGCUGCGUGUGCUUGAGCAGGUUCGAGGACGAGGAUGAAGUGAGCGAGGUGGCGAGGUGCAAGCAUGUCUUCCACAAGGGUUGCCUGGAGAGGUGGUUCCAGAAUGACCGGUCCAACACUUGUCCCCUUUGUCGCUCCCUUUGCUAGCUUAAACCGAAUCCUUAGCAUAUUAGCUAGGUCUAGUGUCACGACAUAUUCUGUUCUUUUAGGCGCAGACGGAGGAUUCCUAGAGAGAGUGUGUCCUGCAUCUGCCCUUGGUUGUAGGCUUGAUGGAGUCAAAUGUAACAACAAGAGCAUGCACAAAAAAUAAAGCAGAUGAAGAGGAUUUAGAGACA